UGUGUCUUAUUUAAACCAGAGACUCGACCACAACAAAACAAACUCACCGUUACCAAAAAGAGAGAAAAAACGAAGCGUUUCAUUCAUUCAGUUUCUUUCACCAACCUUCCACGAUGAACCCGCGAACGACGUCGUCAUCGUCGAAGACGAAGAAGAAGCAAACGGCACCAGAGCCGCACCAUACGGCAUGGGGCGGGAGGUACCUCGGCGUGCGGCGGAGGCCGUGGGGACGGUACGCGGCGGAGAUUCGCGACCCUUCCACCAAGGAGCGGCACUGGCUGGGCACCUUCGACACCGCCGACGAGGCCGCACUCGCCUACGACCGAGCCGCACGUGCCAUGCGCGGAUCACGUGCGCGCACCAACUUCGUCUACGCCGACACCACUCCCGGCUCAUCCCUCACCCCCAUCAUCUCCCCCGACCAACAACCCGUCCCUCAACCCGACCCGGUUCUAACCCUGGACCCGUUUUCCCUCCUGGGGUUCCCCUCCGGUUCUUCUUCCUACGAUGAAAAUGCCUCGGCCAACGUGGCAGCUUCCCACUUCAGCCAGCAACCGUUUUUUGCAAAUAACGAUAACAAUAAUUAUUACAAUAAUAACAAUAAUAAUGAGAACAGUGGGAGCACGGUGGAGCUUCCUCCAUUGCCACCGGAUAUUACAAGUUCCAUGGGUUACGUGAUGGAACAGCAGAGUGAUGGAUUUUACUGGGAGGGUGCAAUGUCAACAGUGUCAGAGUCUCAAGUUUUUGAGUUGGGGAGCUCCUCCUACUUCUUCUGAAAGGAAACUAUAAUGAUGCAUGGUGUGUAGUAGAAGAGUUAGUUUGUUGGGUUUAUGUCUGUAUCCCUGUUCUGUGUGCGCCUGUUGUUUUGUUGUUAUUUAAGAGCUGGGUUUGUCUUCCAGAGUGCGUAAUGUAAAUUCUUACGUUGGGUGAGUUUGCACUUGCGACCAAAUGGAGAAUAUAACCAUCAUUUUACGUUACUUUUGUUUUGUUCGGGUGUUUUUCCACAACCACAGACCAACAAAACUUACGUCCUGCAUUUUAGUUACUUGUUUUUUCUUCUCAAAUUCAGAUCUUAACCAUGUAAUAUACUAAUGGAAUUUAUUUCAUUAUAUUAAUCAUUUA